AUGAAGCAGCAGCUCAGGGAGUGCAGCGCUGCGGUUCACGCCGGUGAAGAAGGUUACCUUGAUCACACCACUGGAGAAAAGUUUAUCAGGAGUACCACAGAAGAUUUGGAAAGAGAUAUGGAGGAAGUAAAAGUCUCUUUCCAGAACAAGACAUUAGCCUUGCAAAGGAUCCAACUUACGUUUGCCCUGAGAAACAAAAUGCAGCAAAAUGACAGUGACUCACGACUGAUCAUGGAAACUGUGAAACACAUAGUAAUGCUCAGCACAGCAAUAAUUGACUGUCAGCAGCGAAGGGCUGCAGGGCAGCCCGCGCCCUUUGGUUCAGGAGAGGAGGACGCUGGCCGGCGGCUGCUUUCCGAGCCGUCCCUCCUCAAGGUGAAGGUGAGACGGGGAGGCUUCUCCAAGAGGCGUGUUUCAAAAACAGCCAGGCUUCGGCUGCCGAGCUGUAAAACUCCUUCAAGGAACUCUCCACUGUCAUCCAGCCGGCUGAAUAAAUACCUACAGGCAGAGCGCAGAGGGCAGUUCCACCUGCUAAAGCUCUGUAAGCUGGGUGUCAGAGUGGCGGUGCAGAGAACAGCGGUAGUCAAGCCACAUACUCCGUUAAUUAAGUUCCCAGACAGAAAAAGUAGUCCCAGACCUCAAAUACAAGAAUCUCUACAAGCAAGUGUGACAUCUCUCCAUGCUUCAGAGGCACAGCAGUCUGUAGGAGGCAGAUCACCACCCUUUCAAAAUAUUUCACCUGUCAGCAGAGUACGAAGCGCACCAGACACUUCUGAAUUAGCAAGAACCUUACCUCAGAAAUACAGAAGGAAACUCAUGUCGGACGAGGAGAUUGAAUAUAUUCAACGUGGAGGUCCGGAAUAA